GAUUUCACAGACAAUAGACGCACAGCCGACUUGACAAAAUUAAUCUUGUGUUGUUAAUUUUUGUUACGCAUUUGCGUAAGUCUGAGACACUUUCUUGCGCUAAUAGCGUUUAUUUCGCGUCUAUUCUGAUCAGAUUCGACCCGAAAAUCGUACAAACAGUGGACACGGUACGGCUACGCUGUGCACGUCAUCAAAAAGGGCCAGCAGCAUGGAUGGAAGGCGUGGAAGCAGGCUGGGCUGUUUAUGUUGGCUGUUUUAGCUCUGUUUUUUAAUUUUUCACCUCAGGUUUCUCUCACUGAGCCGUAUAAUUAAGAGUAGACACUCAGUCCAGCCAUGUGUCAGGUUGAUGAAGAGUACAGUGGACAUCUAGAGAGGAGAUCUGUGCCAGGGGUCUCUAAGACUUGUGUGAAGUGUAAAGAGAGCACUGCGGUGCUCAUCAUCCGGGUUGGAGAUGCCUUUUGCAGGGGCUGCUUCAAGGAGUACUUUAUACACAAAUUUCGAGCCAUGUUGGGGAAGAAUCGUGUCAUCUUUCCUGGAGAGAAGGUACUGCUGGCUGUUUCUGGUGGGCCAGCGUCCAGCUCCAUGCUAGCACAAGUUCAAGAGGGUUUGAGUCGGGACGCGCCCAAGAAGUUGCGAUUUGUGCCUGGCAUCAUCUACAUUGAUGAGGGUGGUGCCUGUGGUCAGAGUGCUGAAGAGAGGGAGAAUGCUGUCGCCCUGUUGGAGAACAUCUUCAGAAAGACAGGAUUCCCUUACCACGUAGUCCCCUUGGAGCAGGUCUUCAGUCUGCCUGACUCUGUGCUGCAGCCUGUGUCCUGUGGCCCAGAGAGGUCAGGUCUCAGCUAUAAAGCAGCAGUGGAUCAGUAUAUUCAGCAGAGUGAAGUAAAGCAGAGACACAGUGAGUCUGCAGGAGAGGAAGCCCAAGACGCGAUGGCCCGUCUCAGUGUCCACUCCCAGUACGGUCCUGAGCACAGACAGGCACUGGAGAGGCUUUUCUCCUCCUUAAAGACUCUGACAGCCAAAGAGGACAUGCUGCAGACCCUGAGGCAGCACCUGAUCCUGCACACUGCCCGCAUCAACGGCUACUCCAAGGUGAUGAUGGGGGACAGCUGUACGCGUCUGGCCAUCAAGCUGCUCAGUAACAUCUCUCUGGGACGAGGAGCGGCUCUGGCCGCCGAUACGGGUUUCUCUGACCCUCGCUAUGGUGAUGUGGUGAUUGUGCGGCCUAUGAGGGACUAUUCCUCCAAAGAGAUUGCCUUCUACAACAGGCUGUUUGGCGUGCAAUCUGUUUUCAUCCCAGGAUUGGACACCAAGGUUCCUGAUAAGGCGAGUAUCCAGCGACUGACUGAGAGUUUCAUCAUCAAACUGCAAGCCGACUUCCCCUCCACUGUCAGCACCAUCUACAGAACAAGCGAGAAGCUCCACACGGCCUGUCCUCCUCAGAACUCCAGCGCUGAGCCUGCUGUCAAGUGCCUUCUCUGUCUCUGUGCUCUCGACACCAAAGCAGAUGAAGCCUCUGCCUUCCAAGCCACUCUGCUGUCUGAGCGGCUGUCUGUGAGAAAGGCCCAAAGUGACCCACCCUCCUCGAACACCGCAGAGCCCCCAGGCCUGUCCUGCUGUCAGGAGAGCGGCUGUGGGGCUGGAGGUUGCUGCUCUACAUCCAGGGCACCUGCAUCUGCAGACCUGAAAAGCCUCUUGUGUUACAGUUGUAGGCUGACUAUUAAAGACAUGACAGCAGUGAACUCCCUACCACAGUACAUUAUGUCGGAGGCUGAAAAGCGGCAGAGGAGGGCCCAGAUGAAGCAGGAGAUCAGUGAGUUCCUUCUGGAGGAUGAGGAUGAUGACCAAGAAUAGCUGGCCUGUUCAGAUGUCCAGCCAAACGUGGGUCACGUUUCAGUGGCACACCAUGAAUUGUUUGGACCUUUCAUUGCACAGCUGGGACCCACUUUGUUCCUCCACUAGAAGCUGCUUAAACAAACCAUUAACAGCUUAAUUUUAUCCUUUUUAAAAUAAUUUUAAAGUGAAUAAAUUGUAAAUUCCUUUCCGCUACUACACAGCUCAAUGUUUUAUUGCACAGUCUCAAUAAAGGCCGGCUGUUUUACAGAGAAGGCCGCCUUUGCGUGUUUUACGAAACAUAACAGAAAUCAAGGAAUCAUACGCAGAUGUGCAACAUUGAUUUUAAUAUGUACUGUAAAUUUGCAAAAUGUCAAUUGUCACCAAGAUUUGUCACAUCACAUUUGAUUUCUGAAAAUAGACUCAUGAAAAUAUGAAUAAAUAGAAAGUUACAGGUCUUUUGAAAGGUAUGAAAGUUAGAAAAGGAUGUUUUUGCUCUUGAGUGUCCAUACAGUAACAAUUCCAGCCAUCACUGAUUUAAUUAUUUGAAUUUGAGGUCACGCUAUAUUUUGGGAGCCCCCUAUAGAUACCGUACAAGUUCUCAAACUGUUAAACCAUCUGGAGAAACUUGGUUAUCAAAGGCAUCAGGGUUAGGGUCAGGUUUAUGAUCUAGGCUGAAGUAAAGGUUAGGAUUAGGUUUAGCUUUGCCAUUAGGCUUAACAGACUCUAUUACGUUUACCUUAUGUGGCAUUUCGCUAAGACAGCAUGAUCAUCUACAGUGGACUCGCAAAAUAAUGCGCUACCGAAAUUGGCAGGUAAGAAAAAUCAAACAAGAAUGUGUAAAAGUAUUCUAGACAGAUGUUACAUGAUAAUGUUGUUUUAUAUGGUAAACAUGUCAAUCUAGUAGACAGCAAUUUUAAGUGUCAUUUUCCAUUAUUUCUUAUGAACGUAGCUCUACAGGAAAAGGGCAAUAGUCUUUCAGCCUCUGGCAAUUAGAGCUGGGUAUCAAAACUCAAUACUUCUGUGGCAGCAGCUGCCUCAAUACUAUCUAACUGCCUCAAUACUAUCUAACUGCCUCAAUACCAUCUAACUGCCUCAAUACUACAGAGAAUCAAAAC